GAUUCAGCGGAUGUCAUGUCCAAAAGCAGCGAACAGCAGCGUCGCCUUUUCCCUAACUUCCCUUCCUCUCUGGGAACCGAGGGGCGGCGGUGGGCUCGGGCCGUGACGAUUAUCCGUGACGCAGCUUCGUCCUCCAUCACUAGCAGUGCCCACAGGCUGAAAACACCCAGAAUCCGAGCGAGCCAUCACGACCAAUGGCAAUAUGUAGUUAACUCGCACGGUUUACCACAUUGCGAUAGCAGGAGGGUUUGGUGGAGUCGACCAUUAGGAAGGGAAGCCACCAUGGGCGGUCACGACGACGACGGCUCGUACGUCGUAAACAAACAAAAACAGGACGAAGAGCUGAAGAACAAGCUGAACGAAGGCAGCCACUGCAACAACGCCAAGCGGGUCAAAGAGGGCCAGAACCAGCUGCGCAAAGUCACUGAGAACCAGCAGGACCAGGACCACAACUGCAACAUCAACCAGAAUGGCAACAAGGACGACUUCCCUCUGCAGAACACCACUCAGGAAGAGCAGCAGGGAAACGAGGAGCAGACCAAGUCCCCCAAAGCGGCCAUGACGCCCGGCCUCAGCCAGGAGGAGUCCAAGAACAUCCUCAACGAGCCGCUGGUCAUCCACGCGCUGGGGUCUGAAGAGGAGAAAGAGAAGGAGCGGGAGGAGGACGACAAGGAGAAAAACAACGACUGCGAGGGGCAGGAGGAGGCUUCAGAUGGCGGCGGAGGAGAGAAACUCGCAGAGCGGAGUGAUGUUGAGUCUCACAAGGAAGGCAGCGGCGUGGGGAGAAACGCCUGCCUCCUCUUCUCCAACAUGAACGGCACCCCGAGUGACGAAGACCCCAGCUGGCCUUCGCUGCCUCAGGACAACUCUGACAAUUCUCCAAAUGGGAACAGAGAAUCUUUCUGGGACUCCAGCGCGUUUGAGACGGACACGGACCUGCCUUCCGGGUGGAUGAGAGUGCGCGACACGUCAGGCACGUAUUACUGGCAUAUUCCCACAGGCACCACCCAGUGGGAGCCUCCGUCACCUCUGGGGAAGGUCGGCGACUCCAUGAUGUCCUCCACCAUGUCUCUGGAGACCACGCCCUGCGAGGAGCCGGAGGAAACCUGGGCUCAGCUUUCCAGCACAGAUGAUGGUGGCGAUGAAGGGGAACUGUGGAAGGAGGAGGGAGAAGCUGCAUCUGACCAGAGUCUGAAAGAGUUUGAAGGAGCAACUCUACGCUAUGCAUCUAUCAACUUAAACUACAACUGCUCCCAGUCAGAGGAGGAGGAAAAGAUCGCUCCACGGUGCACAGAUCUAGAAACCAAGUGUUUCGCCGUGCGCUCUCUGGGCUGGGUGGAGAUGUCCGAGGAGGACCUGGCGCCCGGAAAGAGCAGCGUGGCCGUCAACAACUGCAUCCGGCAGCUCUCCUACCACAAACACAACCUCCACGACACCGCUGGGAUCUGGGGGGAGGGUAAGGACAUGCUGAUGGUCCUGGAGAACGACACCAUGAACCUGAUCGACCCUCUGGGCCAGACUCUGCUUCACUCUCAGCCAAUCGGAAGCAUCCGUGUGUGGGGCGUCGGCAGAGACAACGGAAGGGAAAGGGAUUUUGCUUAUGUUGCUCGGGACAACCUCACCCAGGUGCUGAAGUGUCACGUUUUCCGCUGCGAUUCGCCCGCCAAGAACAUCGCCACCAGCCUGCACGAGAUGUGCUCAAAGAUCAUGACGGAGAGAAAGGCAAACAAGCCAGGCGUGCGCAGACUCAACUCUGACCCAAGUAAACCGUUUGGCAUCCCUGUUGAAGAGUUUCCUGCUCCAAAAAACGAGCUCUUCCAGCGCUUCCAUGUUUAUUACCUUGGUUGUAUACCAGUGGCCAGACCAGUCGGAAUGGAGAUACUGAAUGAAGCGUUGGAGUUUGCGAUGGCUGGCAGGGAUAAAAACGACUGGACUCCUGUUUCUGUCAACGUGGCACCAGCCACCCUCACUAUACUCUCAAAACAGGAUGACGAGGUCCUGUCGGAGUGCAGGGUGCGCUUCCUGUCGUUCAUGGGCGUGGGGAAGGACGUCCGCACCUUUGCUUUCAUCAUGGCCGAAGGCCCGCAGGAGUUCACCUGCCACAUGUUCUGGUGUGAGCCCAACGCUGCCAGUCUGAGCGAGGCCGUUCAGGCUGCUUGCAUGCUUCGCUACCAGAAGUGUUUGGAUGCCCGCCCCCCCAGCCUGGCCUCCUGCCUGCCCACCCCUCCCGCUGACUCCGUGGCCCGCCGAGUUAAGAAAGGUGUUCAGAGUCUGCUGGGCACCUUUAAGAGCUACAGGUCAGGUUCUCAGUCCCCGUAAGCCGGCGAGAGGACCCUCUACUGUCCGCCAAACGCCAAUGUCCAAUCACAGCAGGGCCCCUCCUCACCCCCCCACCUGUCCCCUUUAAUCCAUCUUGCCGCCGUCUCUCGUGUGCAGUCUGUAGUGUCUUUAGUGUGAGGUAGAUCUUCACACAAACUCUCUCACAUCAAACAUCUUCUUUUGUGUUUUUUUAACAAAAUCGUUGAAUGUUUGACAUGGAUGUAAUAUUUUUACCCGCCGACACAAGAAUUCCCACCGAAGCGCUCCGCCGGUCGUCAACCGCAGAACUUUCUGUACCGUCUGAUGGCGUCAUAACCCCCCACCUCGUAGUCGUACGUCUCCCAGGCGAUGUAAUUUAGUCUUCCAGUGACCUCCUCCACUGACUGGAUCGUAGUGCGUUCUCUUGUCAUUCUGCAUGGACAUUCGCAAUUUCAGCGCUAGCGUGCAAUAACCAGAUGUUUCCGUACGACGUGAUGAUUUUUUAAAAAAUGUUAUCUUUAGUAACGAGCGGGUCUUCAUCAAUCGAGCGCGAGAGGCUUAAAUGGAACAUACAGAGCCAUGAUGAAAGUCAUUCUCUCCUGGCGAUAAUAGUAAUAAAGCUGCAAACUCUGGGUUUUCUUCACAACUGUUUACCACCAACAAAAAGCGACUGAAUCGUACUGUAUACUCUCACCACGAGCUGCAUGUUUUGAUAGCGUAGAUGACUGCUGUCUGCAGCAGGGUAGUGCUCAAGAGCCAUCAGUGUAACCUAUAAAUAUAUAUAUAUUUUUUUGUGUGUGUGUUUCUGUAUUGGGGGGAAAUGAGGAAGUUAGAGCUGAUGUGAUUUUUGUGUACCAUAGGCAUGUCACUCUAGUUAGUGUCAGUGUUUAUCUUUAAGCUAGCUUAGGGAGUUAAACCUCUUGUGUAAAAGAGAAUUUUUGUUUUAUUUUCUGUUUGUUUUGGUGUGUGUGUGUGUGUGUGUGUGGCCCCCGGUCUCUCUGGUUAUUGUUUUAUUAUUAUUAUUAUUAUUUUUUUCACACACUAAAGUGUAAACAGCAAACACGAUUUCUAGAUUAACUCGUUAAAUUUAGUUUUUAUAAAGACGCACACUACUAGCCGAGUUGUAUUUUACCUUCGUGUCCGUCGUAAGUGGUCAGUACUGUAUGUAGCACAAUAGUAAAGCUCAUCCCUAAUGUUGAAGACGCCGUGUGGAAGGCGUUUCAGAGCGUUACAUGAAUCAACUUCUAGUCUGAUUCACCCAGAUAAGAAAGAAGAACGAACGGCGUUUUUGGUGUUUUUGGAUUUAAACCACAAAUUUUGACAGUUGAAAAAUUGCCCACCUGAAUUAUUAAGGGCCAAAAAUGCCACAGUUUUCUAUAAA